UUUGCUAGAUUUUCGAAAUGCGAAACAUGUUUCGUGAAAUCAUAUCAAUAUUUUGUGCUGCGAAUAUUCAACAAUAUACACCACCAUAAGAGAACGAUGUAUACGCAACCUUUGUUCUCAUGAUGAUGCAAGAAAAUCUACAGUGUCAAUAGGACUACGUGAACGCUUGCACGGAUACUAGCACGCGCGCGCGCGCGGAGACGCCGUCGCGAACGAUGCGAUCGCCGACGUCGUUCAUGUUCCGGGACCAGGUGAACGGCGUGACGGGAUGCUUCCUGCAGUGGAACGCCUGCGAGCAGGUCGUCGCGCUCGUCUCGCUGCUGAAGAAGCUGCAGCCGACGCAGGCGCGCUUCCUUGGCGUCGUGCUGCAGCACGACCUCGCUGACAGCGCCGAGCUACGCGUGCUCGAACAGCAGGCAAACAACCCCGACGUGCCGCUGUGGCUGAAGAGUUUGAGACUUCACAAAUACUCACAUUUGUUCAGCAAGAUGACAUAUGAAGAGAUGAUGGGGCUCUCAGAAAAGUGGCUCGAGACACAGCUCGUCACGAAGGGCGCCCGUCACAAGAUCUACCUGAGCAUACAGAAGCUGAAGGAGCGGCAGCGGGUGCUGCGAGCGAUGGAGAACGACGUGCUAGAGGGCGCUAACCUGCGCAACGCGCUCGCCGAGCUGCGCGCCAUGCUGAACACGCCCGCGAAGGCCUACACGGCGACGGCGAAGGCGGGGGUCGCGCAGGGGUCGCCGCCGCCGAGUCCGGGGGCGGGGGACGCCGACGCGCCGGGGCAGGUGGCGGAGGGCGACCUGCCGGGACAGUUCACGCGAGUCAUGGGCAAAGUUUGCACUCAGCUGCUCGUGUCAUCGCGUCCGGACGACGAAAACUUUAGCAUCUACCUGCAGCUCAUUGACAGAUGCCUCAAUCACGAAGCCUUCACGGUAACGCAGAAGAAGAGACUGCAGUCGUGGAAGCAGCAAGUGCAGAAGUCGUGGCGACCACCUCAGCAGCAGCGGAAUCCGGGCAGGGGCCCGCCGCCCAGAGGGUUUCCUCCGCAGUUCUCCGCUGCCGCCAGCUUCCCCGCCGACUUCAAGCUGCUGCCGCCGGGCGUGUCGCCGGGCGUGAUGCGUGCGUCGCGUCGCCUCCCCGGCCAGGUCGUGCCGCGCAUGCCCUUCCCCAAGCAGGGCCUCGUGUCGCUGCCACUCGCCACCUUACAGCGGCCCUUCCUCUCACAGUCGUUCAACAAGCCGCGGCCGGCCAACCUCGAUAAGGGUGGCAUCCAGCGAACUAAGUCGGCUCCAACGAGGCCGCCACCACAGCCAGCCUACAGUCUGUUCCAGCGACCAGAAUCUGACUUCAGUGUCGGCUCAAUGGAUCACGACAUAAACAACAGACUCGAAAGUCUUUGCCUCAGCGUCACUGAGCACGCAUUAGCAGAUGGCGCUGAGCGCAGCAGUACUGGCUACUGAGCAGAUGCGAUGAGGAGGAGGGGAGCCCUCUGCGCCGCCUCCGCCGCCGCCGCCGCGCGGCGAUGCCACUGAGUUUUCUAUUGUUUUUUACCGUGUUGUGUGUUGAGUUACCAGCCUCUGGCCAGGCUUUCGUGUUGUGAAAACGUCUUGCGUAGGGGAGCGAAAGUGAGAGUGGAGAAAGAAAGCGAGAAAAAACCCACAAAAACAAGAAAAAAGACGUGCGCUGUUCCGUGUAAAAAAAAGCCCAAGUGAUGCUUUCUAGUCUAGCAGCGUCCGAGUGGAGGAGGUCGCCCAGGUCGGAGGUCGCGAGGCGUCCGGGGACCCGUUGUCGGAAACUAAAAUUCAAUCUGAACAUCGGUCACGACACGAACCUUUCCUUGGAGACAGGUUGACGGAAUUUCGUUUCGUAAUGCUGCGUUAUAUACUUAAGUAACGAGCGGUCUAUGAGGAGAAGUUUGUAUGAAGACCAGCGGUUGGACUUGUCUUACUACCGACGAUGGGGUCUGGGUUUUCGUGCUGGUCCUUUUUCGUGGCUUCAGAAGCAAGAGCCAACGGUACUUGCUCGUCGUGGAUGCUGAUCGAUCGGCCGACGGUCGCGUGGGGGGGCGAAAAGGCGCCGUCCGUCGUGCGUUGAGACCGGAUAUUUUUGCAGGGGAAGGGUGGUGUGGGGAGGGAGAGGGGAAGGGAGGCGACUCCUUUAAGACUACCAGCAUUUAUCGCUUUUUCCGCCGUCGACGGCUCAGGUGACGUAAGAAGCUGCUGGGGUCAGCUACGUGUGUCAUGGCGGCACGCGAGCAAGCGUGAGGUCGCUGCGCGUACGUUAACGUUACGACCGCUCGCGUUCGUGUUGUCGCGAAGAGUUAGUGAGUCCACACAUAUCACCAGUUAGAGUAGCCUUAGUGUGUUUGACACGCACGUGCGGCACACACAGACGCACACACACAUACUCACUCUCACUCACACACUCACACACUCACUUAACCAGAGAUGCGUAGUGUUUCAGUGUGAUACGCACAUACCCAUACACAUCAUACACGUUUAGAAAUAUACGUACGCAGCAUGCAUUGUCCGUCAUCUUACGUUGUUCAUAGUCGCGUGGUAAAGAAAGACGAAAGCUGCUAUGAUUUUAAUAUAUUCUGUUAACAGAUAAUGCCAGUAUGAAAUGUCGUCCAAGGCGGCCGAACGAUGAUUCGCAUGUUUAAUUAAUCGCGUUGUUAAAGACACAAGAAAGCUCAAUGUUGAAGGCAAAUACUUUCGAGCGCCUCGCCCACCCAAGGUAUUCUAAUUGAAUGUGGGGGCGCUCCAGUUUGCUAGAGAGAAAAAUUGUGUGAGCAUUGGCAGUUAGAGUCGAGUGGUCUGCGUGACUGAUGUGUUGACAUUGUGACACAGUCGGUGUGACCGUUGUCCCAUGGGAAGGACGGGACGUGGUCACCGAGCAGGCACAAGGUCAAGGUCACGGGGUCGACAGCUGAGGUGUGACGUCACAGUCGUGGUGCACCGGUUGCGAUGACGUCCAGCUUUUGCGUGCACGAGCGGCAAAAAAACUGUUCGACCGUGGUUUCCCGCGUGUUUUCUGUGGAUCCAUAUAGUAAGAGAGAGAGAGAGAGAGAGAGAGGGAAGAAAGCGAGACAGAGCGAGAGAGAAUAUGGGGUACUACAGAGAUUCAGCAUGCACUGUGCCUGGCGAAAACGCACGAGCGCCGAGUAUUUUUCAGAGCAGCAAUUAUUUCGGAUCGUCUUGAUUUCGGUGGUUUUCAAGUAUCGAUAUGAUUAUUUACAUUGCGAGUAUAUAAUUCUGUAUAGAGAGCUGCCGGUGUUUUUUUUCUGGUGCGGGGCGUGCUGAGAACGAAGCACAGCUCGGUAGAGUCACACGGUUAUAUUGUGUGAUAUGAAUUCAUGGCCUAUGAUGCAGUCGUCAGUGAAAACUCUAACGCCAAUCAUUAUUAUUAGGUUACGAAUGUAAUAUUUUAUAUGUAUACAUAGUUUAGGUAUAUGCACAGUUAGUACUGGGGGCCUUUGCGCCUUCCGUAGAUUUGAUGUUGAAUUCUACUGCUGUGCAGAGACUUGAAUUGUUUUGUUCUGAAUGUUGUGAAGUCGACAGUAUUAAGAAGCUGUGUGUGUGUGUACGUGCGCGCGCGUGUGUGUGCGUGCGCGCGCGUGUGUGUGCAUGCGUGGAUGCGCGUGCGUGUGUGUGUAUGUGCAUUCUUCGUGUAUCGUAUAUAGGGUUCUGUCGAAAGCAGAAGGGUUAAGCAACCUCAUCAGUCAUUACUUUUGUAUGUCAGGUCAGGCCCUGGCAACGUCGUGGACUGGUACUGCUACUACUACUACUACUACGUAUGAUCGUGGACCAGUAGAGAGCGAGAGAAAGAGAGGGAGAGAG